AUGAGUGAGUCCUUCGAGAAGCUGGAGGUGACUGGUUUUCUCGAAGACUUUCUCCGGUGUGCGACAGUUCCAUUCCCCGACCCAGAGUCAACAGAUUGGAACGAGAUGUUGCUCGACAUGCGAUACUCGCUCAAAGUUUCGGCUCCAUUUCUAUACGAAAGAUUCCAGAAAGACGAGCUGUGUGGUGACACAUUGCAGGCCAUACUAAAUGGUAGGGAUGGAAGCAGAAGUGGCAUGCCAUCACAAGUCGAGAAGAGGCUGCAGGGUAUUGCAUCUGCUAUGGUGAAAACGAGGACGUCUCCACCAGACUGCUGCUCAAAGGGUAACUAA